ACGGCCAUCCGUGUGUGAUGCUGACACAGUACUCGCUCGUGACAGAGGAUCUGUUGUCUUGCAAUAGCACACAAAGAGGACUGUUCACCAUGCGGUUAAAGGCAAACCGUAUGCUAAUGCGGGGCAAAAUAAGUCAGGUGACUGACGUGCGCAAUGGCCUUUAACUAAAGCACGAGAUCGCCGGCGUUUGUUUAGGUGUGGACGUCACAACACUCACUCGAACGAGACCUGACGCGCAUCUCUCGUGCGAGCUCGCGGAUAUUUGGACGAAUAAAGACCGAAGGCAUGAAACUGACCGGAGUCCACGGCGUUCCUUGGGACGUUGAGAAGCUUGCAGUGGGGAGAUAAAGAAUGCAAGCCUCAGUUGGCGGGAUCCCUGAAUUGACACCAUGAAAGCAGGGAAUUCAAGGUGUGCUUUCUCCCUGGGCUUCCUGGUGGGGAGCUGCACCUUGUACGUGUUUUUGAGACAGGUGUGGUUUGAGGAGAGCUUCAGCUGGGCGCGUGAUGGCAAGAGCAACCCUGCUCCACUGGAGGCCGAACAAAACACCCCUAACCUUACCUGGAGAGUGGAAGGAUCUGCCACGAUCAACCUCAAACAUCUUCACCAGCCAGGAGAGGAUGGUCACAUCGCAGAUGAGCUGUUUAAGAAAGUGCGUAUCCUGUGCUGGGUGAUGACAGGCCCUAAUAAUCUGCAGUCAAAGGCUCGGCAUGUGAAGGCGACUUGGAGUCGUCACUGUAACGUAGUGCUGUUCAUGAGCUCUGAGGAAGAUCGCAGCUUCCCCACUGUGGGUCUGGGCACAGGAGAAGGUCGUGACCAGCUGUACUGGAAGACCAUUCGUGCCUUCCACUAUGCUCUGAAGAACCACGGCGAUGAGGCGGACUGGUUCCUCAAAGCCGAUGAUGACACUUUCGUCGUUGUGGACAACUUGCGCUGGGUCUUGUCAAACUACACUGCAGAGCAGCCCAUAUACUUUGGCAAGAGGUUCAAGCCGUAUGCGAAGCAGGGCUACAUGAGCGGAGGCGCAGGUUAUGUGCUCAGCAAAGAGGCCCUGAGAAGGUUUGUGGAGGGGUUCAGCACUAAAGUGUGCGCUCAUACCACCUCAGUGGAGGAUCUAGCGAUGGGCCAGUGUCUGGAGAAAAUGGGGGUGGUUGCAGGGGACUCCAGGGACACAAUGCACCGUGAAACCUUCCAUCCUUUCAUUCCUGAGCACCAUCUUACAGGAAAGUUCUCCAAAACCUUCUGGUACUGGAACUACUGCUUCUACCCAAUUGUAGAAGGCCCACAGUGCUGCUCUGACCUAGCCGUGUCUUUCCACUAUGUAGACCCUGUGCUAAUGUACACUCUUGAGUACUACACUUACCGUCUCAGGCCUUACGGCUAUCAACACCGCUACCAGCCUCCAGUGCCUGCUGUGCUGUCUUUAGCUUCCCACACUGGGAAACCCACCACAGAAGCUCAGAGAUUAGAGGAGCGUGUUAAAGAAAAAUCAGUUCCAACAUACACCACGAAAGUGAAGACUACCGGAACAAGCCAGAAAGUCAUAAAUGCUGCCGAGGGGAGAAAUGUAACAGAGAGAAGCACCGCAUGAUUGUGAAUGUGAUCGUUUCUUCUCGUUGUGAACGCAUGUAGCAUUGACAGACGUGAACUUUCAACUUGUGUAGCAUUUUGAAUCAUCCAGACUGUGUACUGUGCAAAUGGAGUGCUGAAGUGCUCACAGAUCUGGGCUAAUAACCAAAAGCUGUCAGUGCGAACUUCAACAAUGAACUAAUUUAGUCAUUAUUGCUGUUGAUCGAGUAAAUUGACUGGUCGUGCCAGUUAUAAAUCGACUGUAAAUCACUUCGAUUAAGUGUUUGCUACUCAACAGAUUGUUAAUAUGGUCCCUGCUAUUUAAAUAAAUUAUUUUGCUGCCUUCUUGUCUGAGUACUGUGAAAGUGAUCGAUUCACAAGCGUCGUGGCUAAAGUACAUGAAGGCUCCAAUGGUUUUGUAAUGAAAAGGUGACUUUAAUAUCACUGACGAUCCUCUGGGUUUCUUUGAUAUUUCUUUAUUUGGAAAGUUUUUGUUGGGAUGUUGUCUGUGUUCCUUUACGAAAAAAAGACAUGCUGUGUUUUAACAAUCUACAGAUAUCCAAAGCACUAACAUUCGGAAGUCAAGUAAAUGUUAAAUAUUAGUAUUGUGGACAU